GGAAAAUUUCCUUGAGAGCGGCGAAAGCUUCAGCGUAGACGAAGAACGUCGUUUGUGAAGAAUAACGACCGGUGAAAUUCCAUUUGCGCAAAUGGCUUCAGUUCAAGAAGAACAUGCUUUGCGACAAGCCGCUUUGGCGUGCGAAGAAGGAACUGGACAAAACCACCAAACAGUUCUACAAAAGAGAAAGAAAGCAGCACCAUGUGGGAGUAGUAUUGCAAAGAAAAAGAGGGUGAUUAAUAAGGGGAUUCAAGUGCAAGUGCAGCCUGAUGGAGACAAGAUUACUGGGCUCAUGCAGUUCCGUUCUAAACUUGAGAAACAAAAGACUUUGAGCAUGCAGCGACAGGAAAUUAGGAGCAAAUCAAGACAUGACUUCCAAGGUGCAUUUAUAGAAGACAAUUUAGGACUUGAGUUGAUGGAAAAAGAAGUAGAGAGAAGGUUGAAAAAGGAAAAUGAAAAAGUUGCUGCAUCCAAGAAAUCCAGGAGCAUAUCAAGAGGCCAAUUGAAAGGAUCUAAGGCUGCUCGUGGAAAGAGAAGCACUGGUCAAGAAAGUGGUGAAAGAAGGAGGAGUGGAAGGAUAAACAAGGAGACAGAAGUGUGCAAUGAAAACGUUAAUGAUGUGGUGGUGCCUGAUACCGAAGAUGGCAGUGAGGCAGACAUUCAUGAAUGUGAGGAAGCUGGCAGUGAUGAAGAUUUUGUGAAUUUACCAAAACAAGUGGUGAGAAAGGAAAAAGAGCGUGCGGGCAGACCAAAGAAGAAGGAGAAGCGGGCUGUUGUGAAUGACUUGAAGGUUCAGUACCACAGCCUCUACACUAGAUCAUCACCGAAUGUGGUGAUGAAUGCUAUUUCGAAAUUGAGUCACAAACAGCGAGAACAAGUGCGUGAAGUUGGAUUUGGGGCUUUGUUAGACCUAGGAAUCAGAGAGUUGCCGUCUAAGCUUGGUUAUUGGAUUGUGGACAACUUUGACCCAAUUAGUUGUUCACUGAAGUUAGGUAAAGGUAGGAAAAUUCACAUCACAGAAGAAGAUGUGGAGCUGGUUUUGGGAUUUCCACGCGGUGACAAAGCAGUGUUAAAAAGGGGGAAAGGAGAUAAAAGCGAAAUGCUGGAUGAGUGGAGGGCUUCUUUCGGAGGAAAGGAUAAAGUUUUGCCAAUAGAGGUGGUGCGUGAAAUACUAAGAUGUGAGGAAGGUGGAGAAUGCUUUGUGCGAAACUUCAUAAUUCUCGUUAUAUCGACCUUGAUAGAGAAUACAAGGAACGGAUAUAUAAACUGCUCCUUCAUAAACAAUUUGAAGGACACAAAAGGAAUCAAAGAUUUAAAUUGGUGUGAAUAUGUGAUAAAGGCUCUAAUUGAGAAGAAAAGAGAAUGGGCUAAGGGAAAGGAAAAGGCAUUCACUGGUCCGCUCCUUUUCUUGAUGGUGUUGUAUGUGGAUAGGGUGGAAGUAUAUAGAAGAAGUGUGCCUAGGAAGGUUCCCGCUAUAAUGGGAUGGAGCACACAGUUAUUGAGGGAGAGGGAAUCUGAAGAAGUUGAGGCUGGAGGAUUUGGGUUAGGGUAUGUAGAUGAGAAGAUGACAAUGAACCAAGGGACGGGGAAAACUGUCACCGCAGAAGAGAGAACCGAGGAUGUGGGACAGCCCUCGACGACAACGGGUGCAGAAGAGGACGUUAUGCAACGCUUUGCUAAUAAGACCAGCUUAUUUGUUAAGACAACGACUGACAUCAUGAAUAUGUUAGAUGCAUCUCCCGAUGUACUUCGUGGCAGUGAAGAGUUGAAAGAGUUGGGGCAAGCGGCGAAUAUGCUCAUGGCUGUUUUACAGAAGAAAAAUUCUCCGGAUUUUGCCACACCUACACAGAUGGACAGGGAGAUGGAGGUGUUUUGGUCAAACCCAGUCAACCUUGAAAUAUUGGCUGAAGCUGAGGUGGACGGUAUAAAGAGAACAAAGGUUCUUCAAAGGAGGAAAGAUAUGCCAAACUUUAGUAUAGGUCUGACACAAGACGAUCCCCCAAAUGAAGUAAGCGGUGAUGCUCUGAUGGGGUUCGAGAAGAACAAUAUAAAUGAAAAGGGGAAGGGAAAAGCCGAUGCAAGUGUGCAGAUGCCUUUAAAUGAGCAAAUGGUAGCAGUUGGUGGUCAAUCAAGCUCAAAUAUUAAUCAUGUGCUGGAUAUCAGAAAGGACAUUGAAGAGACAGAAGAAUUGGGCCAGCUAAGAAGAAAACAAACGGCUGCAGCAACCCAGAAAUCACCCUACGUAAGAAGAGUUAUUGAUCUAAGUGCUGCAAUAACGAAAGAUGAACGCGCCAUGAGUGAUUGGAUACUUCUAGACGUAGCUGGAGAUGGGAAUGAGGUUAUUUUCAAAGCCCUUGACCAAUUGCAGCUUACCCGCGGGCAACUGAUGAGCAUCAAGGAUGGUCGACACAUCGAGGAAAGUGUAAUCAAUACCUGGGCAUUCAUUCUUAACUGUAAAGAGACAGUUAGAAGCAGUGAGUCUACAAGUAGAUUAUUUGCUAAAGUCUUGCCUUGUCUUGACACACAGGCGGACCUAGGAUUGAAUGAAGACCGUGCUUACACACUUUUUGUGGAAGCCAUUGAGUUUGGGUUGGAGGCAAUUAAAGAGCACACUGCACUUUCAAAAGUUGAUUUGUUCUUCUUCCCGAUAAUGCAAGUGCAUCACUGCUAUGUAAUUUGUCUGAAUACUAAGCUGAAGCGUGUGGAUAUCAUUGACAGUUCAUCAGCUAGCGUACGCAAAUUUGAUAAAUACGGGGAAAUGCCUCAAAACGUGGUAUGAAAUAAAAUUAUGUAACUAGUACUUGUGGUAAGGUGCAUUGUCGUUCUAAUUUUGUAAGUGAUAAAUGAAAAUUACAAGGCUAAGCAAAACUUUGUGCAGAUAAAUAUGUUUGUGAAGUACAUGGAUUCAAGGAAUCUGAUGACCAAAUCUGAUAAAGUGAGGAAGGCAACACCGAAGAGGCUAGGAAUGGAGUGGAGGCAGACGAAGAACAUUUAUGACUAUGGCAUCUUCACAAUGCGGCAUAUGGAGACAUAUCAAGGUCAAGGCUUGCAAGGAUGGAAUAUUGGGCUAAAGGAAACCGACACCAAGCUGGUAGGGACGUUACGCGUGAAGUACAUUUCUGCAAUUCUACUGAAUGAGAAGAAUGACUACAUGCAUUCAAACUUGCUGAAGGCAAAGAAUUUUCUCAAGAAAGCUAAAGAAGAGAAUGAAAAGGUGGGAGAGAAGAAGAAGGGAGCAGCGCCCAAUUAAUCAAUUCAGCGAAAUUUGAAGUUGACAUCAGUUUGACUAUAUUAAAAUUACAGUUUACAAUGACUUAUUCACAUUAUUUUUAAUAAAAAACAUAUUUAUGCUUACUAUUUGUGUGUGAAAGUUGACGUUGAAUAUAGUUGGUUUUAAUAUAUGUUCCAGG